AUGUUGCAACAAUGCCAGGUAUUUGAGAGUUUCUUCGGUUUCGGCCAGUCUGCCGAUAUAGAGAUCACGUUGGACGGUGCUGAAACGCGAAAGACCGCAGAUAUCAAGUCCGAGGAUGGCAAAAAGGAGCGGCACCUGCUCUACUACGACGGCGAGACCGUGUCCGGCAAGAUUAAUAUCAGCUUGCGGAAAGCUGGAAAAUUAGAGCAUCAGGGAGUCAAAGUAGAAUUUAUUGGACAAAUUGAGCUAUAUUAUGACAGAGGCAAUCAUCACGAAUUUACGAGUCUGGUAAAAGAACUAGCGAGGCCAGGGGAAUUAACACACAAUACAGUAUAUACAUUUGAAUUCCCAAAUGUUGAGAAACCAUUUGAGAGUUACACCGGUUCUAACGUACGACUAAGAUAUUUCUUGAAAGUGACAAUUGUACGAAGAAUUAGUGACAUUGUUAAAGAACUCGAUUUAAUUGUGCACACUCUUAGUUCCUAUCCAGACAUGAAUAAUCCCAUUAAAAUGGAAGUUGGAAUUGAAGACUGUUUGCAUAUCGAAUUUGAAUAUAAUAAAAGCAAAUAUCAUUUAAAAGAUGUAAUUGUUGGUAAAAUAUACUUUCUUUUGGUUAGAAUAAAAAUAAAACAUAUGGAGAUAGCAAUUAUCAGACGAGAAACUACAGGUUCUGGUCCUCAUACAUUUACUGAAAACGAAACCAUAGCGAAAUAUGAGAUCAUGGACGGUGCACCUGUUCGAGGGGAAUCAAUUCCUAUAAGGGUAUUCUUGGCUGGAUACGAUAUGGCGCCUACAAUGCGCGACAUUAAUAAGAAAUUUAGUGUUAGAUAUUAUCUGAAUUUGGUUCUCAUGGAUGAAGAAGAUCGACGAUACUUUAAACAACAGGAGAUUACAUUAUGGAGAAAAGGUGAAAAAAGCAGAAAAUCGCAAACGGCCUCGCCACAUAUGCCGUUGCAUUUAGUAUCAGCUGAAGGAUUUCCACAAAGCACUGCACAGAAUGGUCCACCAUCAGUGCCACCUGACUCUGAUCAACUGCCAACGAAUAAUGUUACAAACGUAGAAGAUACUCCAGCACCAAUUGAAGGCAUGACACGAGAAGAAGGAGAUGGCGAAGGUGAAAAAGAAGGAGGUCCAGAAAGUGAUUGAGUCUUCACGUAGGUCUGUUCCUGGUGCCAGUUGUAGCCCAGAUUAGUUGAGAACGUUAAAUAUGGCUGAAAUAUGCAGCAAAAGAAUUAGCUUAAAGGAAAAUCUCCUAUAUCGCGUUGGGAGAUUUGUUUUUAUUAACAAAAACAGCGGGAUGCGUAAAAGGCCUGCUAGCAAAGUUGUAAAUAUUUUGGAUACAUUAUAUAUAAUUGAGAGCGAAUGAUUUGUAACUAGUAGAAUACCGAUCAAAAUUAUAAUACUAUGAAGAAAUAGAUCUCAAAAUAAGGAGAAUUUUGUCAUUUUGGAAAAGAUUAUUUCGAUAUUAUUUCACGAGCCAUAUUGCAAACGAAUAUAAUAUAAACAAGCAGAUUUCCUGAAUGGACGGCUUACUAAUCAAAUAUUAACCAACGGUACAUUUUGCAAAACAUCUGAGUAUUACAGUGUUUUAAAUGUUUUAUACAGACACACAAUUGUGCCCACAGACUCAUCCAUUAUAUAAUUUUGAAGAUCCGAAGUCUAUGGCAGCAUUAUGUUAUGCAAAGAGAGUUUAUAAAUACAAAAUGAAUAUAUACUCACAAAGGCUGCCCCAUAUUAAUCCGUUCACCUAGUCUACAAAUAUUAUAAACGAGAGUGCUUUCCAGUAUUCUGUUUGAAUACUAACGUACACAAGCAUAACACUGUACAAUUCUGUGCUUUCCAUUAUUCUGUUCGCCAAAUAGCACACACUGUGGGUAUUUUCCAACAACGUACACAAAUGGCACAAUGUAAAAAGCUAAGUACGAGUGCGUAAAACAUGCCAAUGUUACCAACUUUUCAAAAAGUUGUUUGA